AUGGUACCAAAACUGGUGCUGUUCACCUGUGGAAUCCUCACGGUGCUCACCCUCUGCUCCUACUUCUUCAUCAAGGCGCCCAACUACACACAGCUCAUCCGAGCAUCGGACGUGGAGUACCAGUUCCGACUGCUGCGCAAGGACGGAGAUAACCCCGAACAUCUCUUUCUGCCCUACAGAAACACACGCUGGGACCCAGAUGACACCCCUGAGCUCAACAACCAGCUCAAUCACUACAUGAAACACAUGACCGACCCCUACACCCGUUCUUUUCCCCGCCAAGACGAACUGCCGCCUCUGGUCAACGGCAUGUUCCACGCCAUUGCCAAAGAACAGAUGAUAGCGCCUGCACAGUUCUCCUUCGAACAAGCCAGAGAGUCCUACAAGACCACCACGGGACGAUGUCCUCCACCGCAGUUCAAGGAAAUGUACCUCGGAGCACUGGCCAAGGGAGAAUGGGAUGAACUGCUGGUAGACCAAGUGACUCAGCAGAUCAAAAAGCUGCCCAAAGGGCAAGACCUCCAAGCUGCCCUCAAAGAGGCGCUCAAAGGACCGGGAAUCGAAGGAAUCAGAAUCUCCAAUGGAACGGUAGAGAGAUCAAGUGAGGCAAAACUGUCCGACGUCAGCCAACGGACACUCGAUGGGUUCAUGACAAUGGUCGGUUCCGUUAGCAAGUAUCUUCCCGACAUGGAACUGGCUCUUAAUGUGGAACCUUUCCCCCGAGUGCUCAAAUUUCCCAAACGGCUCAAGGAGCUGCGAAAAGAGCUGACUAAAGGCACUCUCUGGGCUGUGCCUGAGGGUUAUGAUCUUGAUCGCUAUGUCGGAGAAAUGUGUGCUGGUAUCAAGGCUGAAGCUUUGAGAGGGGUGUUUCGAGACGGACUUCUCGGAGGCGGAUCCCCUCUGACGUACAGUGAAGCAUGCUACAUUCGAAAUGACUGGGGCAAGACCCCUGUUGUUUCUGCCAUCACAAUGCUUCCUGUUUUUUCAGACUUCACUUCCUCCAUGCACUCGGAUAUCGUCUACCCUUCCUACGACUUUUACGCCCCCGAGCUCAGCAUGAACUAUCAGCCUGAGAGGGACAUCUAUCACAUGGAGAAGAAUAGCGGAGUCAGCCGAGUUAAGGCCGGUGAUUGGGGCUACCUCAAGUACCAAAAGGCUCUGGUUAGAGACACCAAAGAGCCCGCUGCAACGGUGUCUGUCAAGGGCAAAAGGUUCUCCAAGAAAAGUCUCGAUAAUCACGCCUUUCUGGGGGCCCUCAAGUCACGAUCUACCGUCCUCAGAGCAAGCAGAUGGAGAACCUGGCUCGAUCUGUACACCACCAAUGCCUGGGUCUCUUUUAUCCCUGUUCAACUGUCUGGAAACGAUACUGAGGUGGUAACCAAACUGCUCAGUGAACGACAUACGACCGCAGUGGGCCAGGCGUUUGCUUCCCGGGGAGCUAGAGAUGUGCGAUACCGAGCCACCCGCAAGAAGAUUGAGCUGUCUCUCUAUUACAUGCUACUGGAGUACCAUCGAAGAAUGUACGACCCGGAAGCCUGUGAAGAUGAAAUUAUUGCCAGAGGCGGAGGUCAAAUCCAGUAA